GGGGCUAGUUUGUGGGCCGCUGCGGCUUGCGGUGGAUGUGUGGCGGAGCUCCAUGGUUGCAUGGCGAAACUGCGUGUUGCUGGGUGGUGCGUUUUACAGUGUGCAGACGAGCUGUAGCAAAGAUGGCGUGGAACUUCGACAGGACGGGGGAGGUUCUGCUGUGGGCCGGUGUGAGCGGAAUCGUGGCCAUGGUGCUGAACACAUUCGGCUGUUCCUUCUCAUGUUACUGGGUGUUCCUGGGCUGCUGGAUGCUUUCCGCCGGCACAGUAAUCACACUCUCCUACAUCAAGGUGAAGCCAACAGGCAAAGCAGUGAUUGUGACUGGCUGUGACCAUGGGAUUGGCAACGCCCUCGCUGUCCACCUCCAUGAGCAGGGAUUCCUAGUGUUUGCUGGCUGUCUGAAUCCGCACGGAGAGGGUGCGGAGGCGUUGAGGGGGCUGCACUCGCAGAGACUUAUUGUCUUAAGCAUGGACGUCACGAGGCAGGACCAACUCGAUAAGGCAGCCCAGGAAGUGAAGCGACUGUUGCCACAAGACGAGGUUGUGUGGGGCCUCGUAAACAACGCAGGGGUAACGGCUAGGGCACACACUGAAUGGGUGCCCCUGUCCACCUACAGACGAGUGGUUGACAUUAACUUGUUGGGCGUGAUCGCCGCCACCAAGGCUUUCCUGCCGCUCAUACGUCGUGGCAGAGGUCGCGUGGUGAACAUGUCCAGCGUAUCGGGCAUGAUGGGCGCGGCGAUGAUGUCCCCGUACGCGGCCACCAAGUACGCCGUGGAGGGCUUCAGCGACUGUCUCCGGCAGGAGAUGAAGCCGUGGGGUGUGGCCGUCAGCCUCGUGGAGCCUGCCAAUUUCAACGCUGCCACCCGACUUGUGACGGAAGAGGGUGUGGCCGAGGAAGCAGAGUUGAUGUGGGCGACGAUGGAGGAGGUUGUGCGUGCCGACUACGGGAAGGAGUACUUCGACUACGUUAUGAAGAUACUUCAGCAGACUGCUUUCGGAGGG